AAGUAAAGCGCGCUAAAGGUUGAAAAAAACUGUUAUAGAUGGCAGCAAAUACCAAUGCUUGUAUUAAGAUGGAAGUUAGUGAAGAUCAGCCAACUGAGAUGCACAAUGAACAUUCAACACAAGAAGAUAGAGAGGAUGUUUUUACACAGACAGAAACUUAUACAGUUCACAAACCAAUUCAACAAGAAAUGUCUUCUGAGAUAUCAGAAAUGAUACUUGAGAACUCUGCAGCUGAAGCUAUGACAUACUUUGAGUCACAACUCCUGUCAUCCCCUUCAAGUAAAAAAAAGACCAACUAUUAUCACAAGGAUAAAACACCUAACACUGUUAAAAUGCUCAAAGAAAAGCAUAGAGAAAAUGAGCGCCUAAGGCACCAUUCAUUGAACCAGCACCUACGAUUAAUAUGUAAAGGCGUUCCAGGUUCUGCUGAAGAUGGAAAGGAAACGAAGGUGGUCAUGAUGCAGAGAAUAAUCAGUUAUGUUGCUUACCUGGAAAACACAAUUAAAUAUAUGAGUUCACAAUUAAACGUUUGUCCUGAUCCUUCCUGGCUGAAACUAACCUCCAGUAUCAAAGAUAUAGAGAAAUCAGGUACAUGGAGAAGAGAAUUUUAUGCAAUUAGUUCUGAUGACAGCGAAGACAGUGAAAUAUUUGCCAGCAAUAUCUCUUGCAGACUUAAAUUGUCUUCUCCUACUGUUGAUUCAACCACUGAUUCAAUGCCCAGUAACAAGCCAAGCCACAAAUCCCCUACCCUAAAGAUAGAAAAUUUCCUUCAAGAAUCUCAAGACUCCACCUGCCCUUCAUCUAGCCUUUACCAAGAUACAGAUGAAGAUCAGAGCAAUAAUGCUAGUGGUUGUCCAGGUUGGGUAGUUCCUGCAGAGGAAGUUAUAAUUGAAGAGUCAGCAGAUAACUUUGAUCAGCUGUUGGGUAAUAAUGAUUAUGAUCAUACCAUUUUUGAACUGCCAUCCUCAACCUUUGAAAGCAAAUAUAUGGAAACACCAGAUGAAGUAGAGUGGCUUGGCAGCCCAGACAAUUGUGUCUUCUAUGAGGGUAAGCCAGAAAACCAAUUUGGCAUCAGAUGUGACCCAAACUUUCAGGAUGAACAGCUGUCUGAUAUGUCCCACACCAUAAUAGUCUCACCCAACCAGGUGCUGCCACAGACAACUAUCAAAUUUGAAAGUGACAUUGAUGCAAUGUCCAGAAUUUCAUUUGACAAAUGUGUUGGGAGCUAUCAUCGUAUGGAGAAUACUCAUAAUCAGUUGGAUGUGCAGCUGGUACCACGUUGUAACAAGCGCAAGCAGUCUAGCCCAAGAAGAGUCCCACUGUUUAAUAUAACUAACUGGACUGAUAUUGAUCUGAAGAUGGAUGUGGAAGAAUACAACCAUGCUGAAGAAAAAACUGAUACUGAGAGUAAAAGAGUCAGUAUUGGUGUGCUGUCUGAACUUCAGAGUGACAUUAAAAAAGAAUGUACAGAAACUGACCAAGUACCAGAGAUAGAACUAGCUAGGGAAUGUGAAAAGGUUGUUAAAGAGGCCAGCAUAGAAGUCACAUCUAAACUAGAUCUCAGAAAGUCAUCUUGGAUGAAUGGAUUUAUGAUGUACAGCCGUAUCCAUAGGAAAAGAUUUAUUAAAGAGAACCCAGGUCUUCAAGCUUCAUCAAUUAGUAAAAUGAUGGGCCAUACUUGGAGGCACAUGACACCAGGCCAGCAACAGCCUUAUAGAGACCAAGCUAAGAUUUGUUCCCAAGAACUACAAAAGAUGCUAGAUGAAAGUUACCAUCCUUGAUUAAUAUCAGUAUUUAAGUAUAUUUUGUGUUCAUACAAAUAGUCAAUGAAAUAGUGGUGCACCUGUUACUAUAGAAACAAAGGUAAAUUAAGCCAGAUGCACACGUCAAGUUAUCCUACUAUGUGAUGUUAUUAAAAACUUUUCUUAAAAAAAUCAGUAAUAAAUUGAUGUAUAUAAAAAUGAAAUUUGAAUACCAGUGACCAGCUAUAAAAUAGAGGAAUAUGCCAUAAAUAUUUAUGAUUAUGAUCUAAAAGUUAAAUCUAGGAGAAUACACAAGACUAAACCUUAGCAAGCUGUGAUAUUAUGCUACCUAAAAAAAAAUUAGAUUGUAUUCUCAUGGUAUUUCUAAAUGAUUGAGUGUUUAGUUUCCAGAAACAAACAACUAUUGAGAAACUAAUUGGUUUAACUUGAGCAAAAACUAGUGUUAAACAUGUAGCCAUCACUUCUGAAUCUUAAUUGUAUUGGUAAUUAAAAAAAAACUAUUAGGUCACAAAAUUUAGAAAAACUUACAAAGUAUGCAAUUGUGAAAAGAUUUGAAUGUAUUGUAAGUUCCACAUCCUUUUUGUAUACUGAAUUCUAUCUUGCAUUUUAAUAAGUUUCUAGAAUAGUUUUUCUACCAUGUAAAUUCAUUUUGAGUUAUUGUAAAUUUUGCUAAAAUUGUAAAUGUGUAAGGUGAUGCAAUUUUUUUAAAAUUUCAUAUAAAAUCUUAAUGCCAAACUUUGACUACUAAAUAUAUACUUUACUGUACAAAGAUUUUGUACAGCUUUGGUCAAUUUUCCACACUGUUCACAAUGUGUGGUAGCAGUUUUUAAUUACAUGUAGUCCAAGUUAACGGUCACUCAUGGAAUAAUCCAUUGUUCUAAGUUAUCUUUGGAAAACAUUAGUGAGCAAAAAAAUCAAAUUGUGGUAAGAUUGCUUUUAAAUGCUGUCUUAUUUUUUUUACGCUUAAGGGUUCUGUAAAUUUUUUCACGAAUUACCCAGUUAUUAAAAAGAGCAUGAAUAUUAUUAACACACAUCAACAACACAUCUGUUUAUUCAGUGCUGAUUAACCAAGAUUGUAGACAUAAGAUGUUUUGUGUUAUACUUUGCUAAUCCUAUACAUAACAUAUUUUUGAAUAAUCAAAAUUUUUGUAGUCAAAGUAAAGUUGUAAAAUGUUAACAGUUGCACAGAA